GGAGCGGUCGCCCCGAGCCCUAUAAAGCGGGCGGCAGCGGCGCCGGUGCCGCAGCGCAGACGGGGCAACCAUGAGCCUGCUGCUGGAGCCGCUGCUGGGCCCCCCCGGGGGGCUCCGCAAGGAGCUGGGCCGCGGCCCCCUGCGCUCCGCCGCCUCCAGCGGGUUCCACUCGUGGCCGGGGUCCGUGGUGGUGGGGCGGGCUCGGGGCGCGGCGGGCGGCGGCAGCGCGGCAGCUUCCUCCACCGAGAGCCUGGACUCGAUGAACGGCGAACCGCGGGUGCGGAACGAGAAGGAGCUGCUGCAGGUGCUGAAUGACCGCUUCGCCGGUUACAUCGAGCGGGUGCGGGCGCUGGAGCAGCAGAACCGGGCGCUGGCGGCGGAAGCGGCGGCGCUGCGGCAGCAGCAGGCCGGGCGCUCGGCCAUGGGCGAGCUGUACGCGCGGGAGCUGCGCGACAUGCGGGGCACGGUGCUGCGGCUCGGCGCCGAGCAGGGGCAGCUGCGGCUGGAGCGGUCGCGCCUGGCCGAGGACGUGGCCGCGCUCCGGGGCCGGCUGGAGGAGGAGGCGCGGCAGCGAGCCGAUCUGGAGGCGGCUGCCCGCGGGCUCGCCCAGCUCUCGGCGCAGGAGGAACGUGCGCGGGGCCCGCUGGAGGAGCGCGCCCGAGCGCUGCGGGAGGAGGCGGAUCUGCUGCGGCGGCAGCACCGGGCCGAGGUGGGCGCGUUGCUGCGCGAAGCCCGAGUCGAGCCCCCCGGGGAGCUCCCCGCAGCCCUGCGCCCCGGUGUCACCGCCGCGCUCCGCGACCUGCGCGCACAGCUGGAGGGCACGGCAGCCCGCAGCACCCUGCAGGCCGAGGAGUGGUUCCGCGUGAGGCUGGACAAGCUCUCGGAGGUGGCCAAGGUGAACACAGACGCCAUCCGUGUGGCGCAGGAGGAGAUCUGCGAGUACCGGCGCCAGCUCCAGUCCAAGACCACCGAGCUGGAAGCCCUCAAAGGGACCCAGGAGUCACUGGAGAGGCAGCGGCAGGACUCGGAGGAGCGCCACCAUGCCGAUGUCCUGUCCUACCAGGAAACCAUCCAGCAGCUUGACAGCGAGCUGAGGAACACCAAGUGGGAGAUGGCAGCUCAGCUCCGGGAGUACCAGGAUCUGCUCAACGUCAAGAUGGCCCUGGACAUUGAAAUUGCUGCCUAUAGGAAGCUCCUGGAAGGGGAGGAAUACCGGAUGGAGUCUGGCUUGGGGAUGCUCUCCUUCCCUGAGGUGGUCCCCAAGGCUCCCAGCAUCGCCACCAGCAUCAAGGUGAAGAGCGAGGAGAAGAUCAAGGUGGUGGAAAAAUCCGAGAAGGAGACGGUGAUUGUGGAGGAGCAGACAGAGGAAAUCCAGGUGACCGAGGAGGUGAUGGAGGAGGAGGAGGAGGCGGCUGAGAAAGAGGCUGAAGAGGAGAAGGCUGAAGAGAAGGAGGAGGAGGGGGAAGAGGAGAAAGCUGAAGCAGAGGGUGAAGAGGAGGCCAAGUCCCCCGAGAAACCCGAGUCCCCCUCGAAGGAGGAGGCCAAGAGCCCAGUGGCGGCCAAGUCCCCCGAAAAGCCCCCAACUCCCUCCAAGGAGGAGGCCAAGACACCUGCUGUGAAGUCCCCAGAGAAGCCCCCAGCACCCACAAAAGAGGAGGCCAAGAGCCCUGCUGCCAAAUCCCCAGAGAAGCCCCCAACCCCUCUGAAGGAGGAGCCCAAGGCCCCGGCGGUGAAGUCCCCAGAGAAACCGGCACCUCCACCAAAGGAGGAGGCCAAGCCCCCCGCUGCCAAGUCCCCAGAGAAGCCCUCACCCCCCUUGAAAGAAGAGGCCAAGGCCCCCGCGGUGAAGUCCCCAGAGAAACCUGCGACACCCUCAAAAGAGGAGGCCAAAGCCCCAGAGAAGCCCCCGACCCCUUCUAAAGAGGAGGCCAAGCCCCCAGUGGUGAGGUCCCCAGAGAAGCCCCCAAGCCCCUCAAAGGAGGAGGCCAAGCCCUUGCCCGUGAAGUCCCCUGAGAAAGCCAAGUCCCCUGUGAAGGAGGAGGUCAAGUCUCCACAGAAGGAAGCGGCACCGGCCAAGGAGCCCACCCCAUCCCCACCAAAGGAGCCGAAAGCCCCUGCGAAGGAAGAGCAGCCCAAGGAGGAGAAGGCUUCCUCCAAGCCCGGAGCUGAGGAGGGCAGGAAAGAGGAAGCUCCCAAAAAGGCUGCUCCAGCCAAGGUGGAGGAGAAGCCCAAGGAGAAGGCGCCAGAGCCUGCAGCUCAGGAGGGGAAGGAGCCCACCAAGCCAGCCCCCAAACCUGCAGGAGAAGGAAAAGCUGAGGAGGCAGCUCCCCCAAAACCCCAGCCCGAGCUCAGCAAAGCAGCUGCGAAGCCAAAGGCCGAAGAGAAGGCUGAGGAGCCAAAGAAGGAGAAGGCUGAGGAGCCAAAGAAGGAGAAGGCUGAGGAGCCAAAGAAGGAGAAGGCUGAGGAGCCAAAGAAGGAGAAGGCUGAGGAGCCAAAGAAGGAGAAGGCUGAGGAGCCAAAGAAGAAGGUUGAGGAACCAAAGAAGAAGGUUGAGGAGCCUAAAGCUAAACCCAAAGAUGAGCCCAAAGCCAGUAAAGACCCUCCCAAGGCUGAGGCCCCCUCCAGCAAGGAGGGCAAAGCCCCAGAGCCGGCCGUGGGGAAGAAGUGAGCGGGGCGGCGGGCGCUGAGGAGCACCUCUGGGCACAGGAGCUGCUCUGCUCCUGCCCAAGGGCCGGGCCAGCCUUGCCCUUAGCACCAUAUCCCUGUGAGAGCCACAGCCCCUCGUGCCCUGCCCGCAGCUUCCCCAGCCGAGUGUGACCCGUUUAACACUUGAAUAUAACCCAGGAGAAGAGCCCCCCGGGCCCUUCUCCACCAAGUGCAUUUAUCUCAUGUACAUGCAACCGAUGGAUGAGCGCAACGCAGAGCAGUAGCUGCUUGGGAGGGGGCUGCUGGUGACAACUGUCCCUCUGAGCGGUGACCCGGGUGGCAACUGGCGUUGGUGGGAGAGGCUGGGUGCUGUGGGGCCGCUCACUGACACACACGGGGCACCAGGAACCUCAGCCCCCUGUUGUUUGCUUCCUGUGCAAUAACCAAAUACAGUGCUUACAGAGAUGCCCUGGCUCUGCUGGCUCCUCUCUGGGGGGGAGGAGGAGGAGGAGGAAGGGGUGGGGGAGGAAGGUGGGGAAGCCUGGUUUGGGGUGCUGGGAUGAGGCACACAGGGCUGGGGGGUGACCUGGGGUGUUCCAGGGAGGAAAGCCCAGCCCAGGGCAGGCAGAGGAGCCUGUGUCCUGGUGGGCUGGAGCCAGGGUGAGCCCCUGCUCCCCAGGAAGCAUUGCAGUGGGGGUUGUUCUUCCUUCUCUUCCUAAGGCACAGCUGAGGGGGGCCUGGGUUAAUGCUGCCCUGCACCAAUGGCAGGGGCUGAAUGGGAGUAGGGAGAGGGGCUGCACCUUCCUGGUGGGGAAGAAGGGGAGAGGAGGGACAGAUGAGGACCUUGGGGGUGGGCACAGAGCCCACCUCUCUGUCCCCAUACAGGGUGAGCUGGGGUGCAGGAUCCCCCCCAGCCCCUCACACAGUGCAGGGAGGCCCCAAAGCCCCUCUGCAGUGCCGGGGUUGUGCUGAGUCAGCUGGGAGGCAGCACAAGGACGGGCUGGGGCUGCAGUGCAGGCUCUGCAAAAGGGCUAUUUUUAGCCAUCUCAGUUUUUAGCUCUCUCAGAUCCACGGUCCCAAGGCCCUGCAGCAGGGAGGGCAGGAGGCAGGCACUGAGCCAGCCAAGGGGACAAACCAGCAGCAAGGCAGCACCCGAGC